AUGUCAACCUUCAGCCCAAGACAGAAUCAGAAAUCAUUGCUUCCGACAGCCUUGAUGACAAGGCCUCCGCCCUGGACAUCUCAGCCUCCCUCAAGGCCAGUUUCCUGGGAGGCUGGUUGAAGUGGGGGGGUCGGCCAAGUAUCUUCAGGACACCAAGAAGUCCCAGCAACAGGCCAGAGUCACCCUUCAGUACAAAACCAUCACCAGGUGUGAACAGCUGACAAUGAACCACUUAGAAAGGCAGAAUGUCUCCUACAGCCGUCUUUGAGCAGGGCACAGCCACCCAUGUGGUCACCGCCAUCCUCUAUGGAGCCCAGGCCUUCUUUGUCUUUGACCGACAGGUUUCUUCAACAGAGAUGGUAAAUAAUAUAGAAGGGAACCUCCAGGCUACACUCACGAAGGAAAUAUCUAUCGGAGGAGAAGCAGAGGUCAAACUGACUGAGGAGGAGAAAGAAAAUGCUCUGAAGUUCAGGUGCAAAUUCCACGGAGACUUUUCUUUGGAGAGAAAUCCAGUCACCUUCCAAGAUGCCAUCAAAGUUUAUGAAACUCUCCCAAAAAUGUUAGGGGAACAUGGGGAGAAGGCUGUGCCUGUGUGGAGGGGAACCUGGAGGAAGACAAGCUGGAGCUGGAGCAGGAGCAGCUAAAGCCCCAGAGAACAGGGUCCCUUUGAGCAAAGAGCCGGCUGUGGGGAGCUGCCAGCCACUUUGGACAUCAACCCCUCCCCCCCGUUCCUGAAAGCCCCGAAGUGCAGGGUCCCAAGAAUUGAAGGGCUGCAUAAAAAAGGGGAAUGGCAUGGGGGGGGGGUUCAGAUGGGGGUGUGCCCCGAGGGCAGUGAGAAGGGGGUGGCUUGUUUUUAACCCCCCCCCCCAAUUCCUCCCUGUGUCUUCUGGGGGAAGAGUGUUCCUGGCAACCUCCCUGCAAGGCAGCCUCUCCUUUGGCUGACUCUGUUUCGCUUCCCAUGCAGAAAUCCCGGGUUUUGUGCUGUGCGACUUGUCUGGAAAUGCCUGGAAGCGUCGGAGGGCCUGAACGGAGGAUCGUCCUGGUGGGCGAAAGCGGAAGUGGAAUAAGUGCAACGGGAAACACAAUCCUGGGAAGCGAAGUCUUUCACUCUGGGUGGUCACCAAAGGUAGUACUAAGAGUAUGCCAGAAGGAGGAGAUGCAGCUGAAUGGCAGGAAGGUUGUGGUUGUAGAUAUACCUGACUUUUCCGAUCGUCCAGACAAGGAUAUUGCUGCGAGAGAAGUGAGAAAGAGCACGAAGCUUUGCUCCCCAGGUCCCCAUGUCAUUCUGCAGGUGAUGCAUCCUUUUCUUUUCUCCCCAGAGGAGAAGUACGUGGCUCAGCAUAUCAAAGAGCUUUUUGGCCUUGAAGCUAAGGAUUACAUGAUCCUCUGGUUCACCUGCAAAGACCUGAAAGGUCAAUCUCUAGAAAAUAAAUACUUGAAGGAAUAUAUUGCCGAAUGCGGGAACCGGUUCCUGGCUUUCAACAACUGGGCUGAAGGGGCGGAACGAGAGGCUCAGGUGGCCGAACUGAUGGCCAUGAUCGAUGAUCUCGUGCGAACCAACAGAUGUGCUCCUUGUUACACGGAAGACAUGAUGAACGUCAGCAAAAGAUGCAACUUCUGAUUGUUUCCCUUUCCCUCAGAGACCAGAAAGUCUCUCUAACUGGGCAUCUGCUCCCAAGUUGGCAACUCUGCCAAAGGCCACUCUUUGGCUUCCAAAGGCUUUUUUGCUGUUGAAACUAUUAUCGCUUCUCCGCUUCCAAUGAAUUAUGGGGGAGGGGAGGCGAGGGGAGGGGGAGAGAGAACUUAGGCUUCAGACCUCAAGAUGCGAGCCAUGAGUGUCUUAUGGAUACUUUCAAAGACAUUAUGUAAGGAAUGCUCUACUCUUAGUAUGGGAAAAGGUUAAAGCCAAAAAUUAUGAGAAAAUGCCAGUCUGGCUUUCAACAGUGGAAGCUCUGAUACAUCUAAAUGUGAUAAACUUGGGAAAGCUUGUAAUGUAUAAAGAUAUUUUAAACGAGAAAAGGGAACUUAAAACUAAACAGGAAUUGCAAAACCAAGGGGUGGAACUCGUACGGUGGCCACACUUGCAAAUACAAUCAAAUUGGGAAAAAGAUGUAAGGAAAUAUGGUUUCUAUAAAGAGCCAACGAUAGUUGAUCAGAUGCUAUUAGGUGCGGAUUAAAGUUAAUGAAGAAAAUAUAUAGCGAUUUAUAAAGCCUUAAAAUGGAAGAUAACAAUGAUAACUUCGGCAAAAAAAUGUGGGUAUACUAUGGAAUUAGAUAAGCAGCAAAAACUUUGGGAUAAAAACUAUAAAUUGACAAUGGCAACUACAUACUAGGGAAACCUGUUGAAAAUGUUCUACGGGUGCCAUUUGCCACCAACAAGGUUGGCAAAAAUGUUUAAAAACAUGUCCGCCAAAUGUUGAAAAUGCAGCCAGAUAUCCAGUUCGUAUUUCCAUAUGUGGUGGACCUGCUCAAAGGGAAAAAAUAAAAUAAAAAAUGGAUGAAAAUAUUUUCACGGCUAGAGAAAAUUAUAAAGCAAUAUAUAGACUUAAAGCCAGAAAUAUUCUUAUUAGGUAUUUUGCCAGAAAAAAUACAAUAAAGGGCAUAUUUAUUUGAUGCUGCAUGUUUUGACGGCAGUGAGAAUUGUGUUUGAGGAAACUCCUUCUGAUGAUAAUAAAUAUUAGAUUGUGCAGAAAUGGAUAGAUUAACAUUAAAGAUAAAGGAUAAAGAAGAUACAGAAUAUUUGUAACGGGAUUUGGUUUAUUAAUCAUUAGAUAAUAAAAAUAGAAAUUAGAAGUUGGAAGAAUACUAUUAUAUACAAGCAAACAUUAUUAUUAUGUAUAUGUAAACUGACCCACACAAUACACUGUUUACCUACACAUGUUAAAGAAAA